CUUCAACUUCACACCGGGGUACCACACCAAAAGACGCAUUUGUCAUCACAAAACCCUCCCGGGCAUCCUUUUUGGAAAACGGGCUCAGUGCUAACACAGCAGCCAAUCGGCUUCUUAAUCAAUGGAGCUAAUUGUGAGAGCGCGCGGGCCGUUUUAAGUAAGGUCUGGUUAAAGAUAGCAGUGUGUGUGGGCUGUCGCUGGCUUCGGUGUUGUCAAAGUGCCUGCAUAGAUUAAACUAGACCUGCCUCCGUGCUACAACCACUGCGAGUUGAGACCGGUGGACGUAUCUUCAAAACCUCCUGCUGCAUCUCAGACCGAAGAGGCAUCCGGAUAAAGGUGACCGGGCAGUUGACCUAACAAGUUUUGUGGAGGAUACUGGGAGGAACCAAUUUUCAAAAUGCCCGUGGCAACAUCCAGCUCUGACUCCGCCAUGCAUCAGGCCCUGGACACACUGAGUGACAGCACAAGCUCCACAACUGCCAACGACCUGGACCUCAUCUUCCUCAAAGGCAUCAUGGAGAGCCCAGUGGCUCACGAGCAGUUUGAGGAACCCAAGCUGGAGGCGGUGAGGGAGAACAACGUGGAGCUAGUCCAGGACAUCCUCAAGGAGCUCAGCCCGCUCGCACACAGGAGCCAGGCAGCUGAUGAGCUGGUCCGCAUCCUGAAGGAACCUCACUUCAAGUCCCUCCUGGAGACCCAUGAUUCUGUGGCGUCCAAAAACUACGAGACUCCUCCCCCCAGCCCCUGUUCCUUCAUGGACGCAGCCCUCAACAACCAGCCUGUUCCCCCAGACGCAGUCAGGAUGGUGGGCAUCCGUAAGGUGUCUGGUGAGCAUCUGGGAGUGACGUUUAGAGUGGAGAGCGGCGAGCUGGUGAUUGCCAGGAUCCUCCACGGCGGCAUGAUUGACCAGCAGGGUCUGCUCCAUGUGGGUGACAUCAUCAAGGAGGUGAACGGCAAGGAGGUGGGCAACGACCCAAAAGUGCUCCAGGAGAUGCUGAAGGAGGCGAGCGGCAGUGUGGUGCUGAAGAUCCUGCCCAGCUACCAGGAGCCACACACAGCAAGACAGGCCUUCGUAAAGUGUCACUUUGACUACGACCCAUCCCAUGAUAACCUGAUUCCCUGUAAAGAAGCAGGGCUUAGCUUCAGUAGUGGGGACAUUCUGCAGAUUUUCAACCAGGAGGACCUCAACUGGUGGCAGGCCUGUCACAUAGAGGGAGGCAGUGCGGGUCUAAUUCCUAGCCAGCUGCUCGAGGAGAAGAGGAAAGCGUUCGUGAAGAGAGAUUUGGAGCUCGCUACCACAGGUCCUCUAUGUGCUGGGAUGGGUGGUAAGAAGAAAAAAAAGAUGAUGUAUUUGACUACCAAGAAUGCAGAAUUUGAUCGCCAUGAGCUGCGGAUAUAUGAAGAGGUUGCCAAGGUCCCGCCCUUCAGGAGGAAGACACUGGUUCUGAUUGGUGCGCAAGGGGUCGGCCGUCGCAGUCUGAAAAAUAAGCUGCUGGUGUCGGAUCCCCAGCGCUAUGGCACCACCAUCCCCUUCACCUCCAGAAAACCAAAGGUGGAUGAAAGGGAUGGCCAGAUGUACUCCUUUAUGACCCGCAGCGAAAUGGAGUGCGACAUCAAAAACGGUCGUUUCUUGGAGCAUGGCGAGUACGACGGGAACCUGUAUGGCACCAAGAUUAACUCUAUACACGAGGUGAUAGAAACAGGAAAGAUCUGCAUCCUGGACGUCAACCCACAGGCUCUCAAAGUCCUGCGGACGUCAGAGUUCCUGCCCUACGUUGUGUUCAUUGAGGCUCCGGAUUUUGAGGUUCUAAAAGCUAUGAAUAGGUCAGCAAUUGAGUCAGGAGUGGUCACAAAACAGUUAACGGAUUCUGAACUAAAGAGGACGGUGGACGAGAGCGAGCGCAUUAAGCGGGCCUAUGGACAUUACUUUGACCUCUGCAUUAUAAACGACGGCUUGGAAGCUGCGUUUCGAAGCCUACGGUUGGCGCUGGACAAACUGUCAAUGGAGCAGCAGUGGGUGCCUGUCAGCUGGGUCUUCUGAAAGUCGCCAAGGGCUCAACAGCACGUUGCCAGGGCCUCAGGUCGAAGGUCGGAGGACGAUUUCACAUUGGUAGCUCCGGAGGGGCUGUCUUCAUGCAGUUAUUGGUGGUGGGGGUCUGUAGUGAAGGGCCAAGCAUCAUGAUUCAGUGUGAAUGACCAGCCUCAUGUAGAGCAUUUUUGUACAAACUUAGUGUUCCUCUGUUGAGCCUGAUGUCAAGUUGUAUUUUAUUUGUCUGAAUUGGAAUGAUUUUAUUGAUAUCGGUUGAGAAGGAUUUAGAGUCUAUUAUGAGGUUUAGUGCAAUAGUGUGAGUGAGUGUGUGUAUGUUAUCAUUAACGUGGAAAUAGACGUAGAGUAAAGAAUAUGUUUCACAGAUAACAGUGCUCUGUUGAAGGUUUUUGUUGAAGGAUAUUGAACUUUUUAGCCUUUCCUACUUUAUGUAGUGUAAUGUUUACAUUGGAUUGACAGGACAGAUUGGUCAAGGAAAGAUACCAAAUGUCAUAUUUAUAUUAAAUUCUCUAUAUUUUACCAUUUGAUCAUACAGUAUGAUUGUAUGUGUUCUAUCUAUGAAAUGUGCUUUAUCUUGUAUGUCUCCACGUAUUUGAAAAAUGAACAGCAAUAGUUAAUUUAAAAAGAAACAUACAUGCAAUAUAUCUACUCACACACGCUCAAAUGAACACACACACUGAUACGUAAACACAGCGAGAGCGGUGGAAAACUUUUGUUGAGACAUUUUGCAUUAAUUUAGAAGUCUCGUUUUUUUUUGUUUCCUUUUCAGUGUUGAUUACAUUGUACAUUUGUUGUCUUAAGCUGGUAAAGCUUCCGGUUUGUUUGACAGUGAGGGGAUCCAGUGAAUGGAUCACAGUGUCUGACUGCUGCCUGCUUGAUUCUGUUGGAGUUUUAUUUGUAGCACUGAGAACACUUAAACUCUCAAAGAAAAAACUAUUAAGAAAAGAAGUAGCCUACAGUAUGCACUGAUUGUAUAAUGAAGGCAAAAAUGACUUAACAUUACAGGUUGGACAAUUGAUGGAAGUUGUCACAUUUUUUGUUAUUUUUGAUGUACAAACAGUAAAAUAUUUAUCAGUGAGUGGCUUCAAAUUCAUACUUUUGCCUUAACAUGGUUCAAAAGCCAAGGAAACACUCUAUCACUGUUCC